CGCGAGUCGAACGCACGCGCAUGUCCCGCAACAUCAGCUUUGUGUAACACAAUAACUUCAAUUUAUGGUGACCACGAUGAGCUGGGAUCAAGAUCACAAGCCGACAGAAAAAUUAGAGAUCAAUGAAGCGGUUGGGAAGCUUCUGCUAUCAUUUAACUAUGAUACCAUUUUGCCACAACCGACCAAAGGUGGAGGGUGUAUGCGGCGCGCGCACGUGAAGCGCCCAAUGAACGCGUUUAUGGUAUUCGCACAGGCGAUGCGCAGGCGCCUCUCGGAAGAACGACCAUCGCUACACAAUGCGGAGCUUAGCAAAUCACUCGGCUCUAUGUGGAAAAGCCUCAGUGAAGACGAAAAGCUUCCUUUUGUGAAGGAAGCAGAGAAAUUACGAACUCAGCACAAGCGGGAGCAUCCUGACUACAAGUACCAGCCACGACGACGCAAGCCACCGCCGGCUUCGACAGCCAGACUAAAGCAGGAACCUACUCCGGAACGCUACGCUCCUCAAAUCGACUUCUCACGAAUUGAAGUAGAUGGGGCUCUACUCGCAGAUGGGCCGCCUGACGGAGCUGAGCUAGAUCAGUAUCUGAAGCCAGCUCCAAUACCAGACUACCACGAAAUGCAACCACGUUACUCACAUACUUUGACACACCACCCUCCAGGACUGUACACACCUGUUCCCUCUCAUUUACAUCCGCCCUGUGGAGACUGGCAACACUACCCGGGUCAUCCCUAAUAUUCUGUAAAGUAACUUGAAAUCCUCAAACGUUGAUGGUUCUUUUAAUCUUUAUCACUACUCGAAUAUAAAAUUAAAAUUAGGUCAAUAUAUACUACUGUAGAUAUAGCACAGGAAUAUAUAGGAAUAUCACAUUACCACAUGUAUUCGGAUCAUAUCGUUUCACGCACACGUGCAUUUGAUCAUCGCAAAGUAAACAUUUAUUAGGAAAACAUGAUAUCUAAGAUCUACAUAUCUUUCCGGGUGUGAUAAAGUGAGCUAAGUAUAAAUAUAAUUAAUGUAACUAAUAAUAUUUCAAAAAAUAUAGGGUAUUUGUUCCUCAAAUUAUAAUUUCGAGAGCUAGUGUAAUCAUCGUUUCAUAAUUGAUAUGAAAAUCUCAAAAUGGAAUUCUACAAAUAUUAAUUAGAAAUACUAAAUAUAAACUAGAUUAUAUGAAUAUUUUUUUUACUAAAAUAUAAUGAUGUAAUUAUAAAAAUGUACGUCAAAAGCCUCAGGUUCCAAAGCUUAAAUUAAAUUUCUUAAUAGAAUUUAAAUAGGUAGGUAUAUAGGAUACGUUUAAGUAACUUAUAACGUUACUUAUAAAUGACGCAUAGCAACUGUUAAGUUAAACACUAAUUUCGCUCUUUCUCUCAUUAUUGAUUUGAUAUUCUAUAAAAGACCCGACAUUGUUUAACUAAUCGCUCGCUAAACAACAUUUAUAAGUAAGGCUGUUAGUUAUUAAAUUAAUAUUAUGCUUUAUGAACCUUUAAGUUAUUAUUGUGAUUAAUUAGAAAUAUAAUGUUAAUGUUAUUUU